AUGUUUCGUAUGAAUAGGACAGACUUGUGCUUUGUUAUGAUUACAUAUUGACGCAAAGAAAAAGAAAAAUGUUAUGGGAUACCUUUAGAAAUUUUCAAGAAAUCCAUAACAAGAAUAUGAUAUUAAUGGUAUUGGAAUCGUAUUCUGAAAAUUGCAUUUUGACAAAAUUGCUAUGUUUUAAUUUGUAAAUAGAAUUUAUGAUUAUGAAUAAUAUGUAAUAUGGCUUAUUAGAUAUAAAUGUUCAUUUACGUUUGAUAUUUGAAUAAUGAAUAUUAGAUUAAUUUGAUAUAUUUGAUAAUAUGUGAUAUAUAAUUUAAUUAAGUACAAUGAUUCAAUAAUAAAUCAAGUUAAAUUUAUAUAUUUGAAAUAGAAAAGAUUUGAUUGAUUUUUUACAAAAAUGUCAAAUAUGAAGGUUAAAUUUUAAUAAUACGAUAGCUUUAUAUAAAAUCUAAUUUAUUCUUAUUUAAAAAAUGAAAAAUAUGAAUGAUAAAAGCUAUAAUUAUUAAUUAUUAGAUAAAAUAAAUAUAAAUUGAAUUAUUAUAAAUUAGAAACUUUAUUUAUAUUAUAUUUCUGAAGUAAAAUUGAAAUUUUUUUUAAUAUCGACAUUAGAGUAUGUAUGUUUCAAUAAAAUAUUUCGAUAUUAUUAAUAGCAUCUUUCGAGUAUCGAUAUGAUAUAGAAUUAUGAUAUAUCGAUUAUUUCACAAUCAAAUAUAGUUAUCGAUAAUACUGUAUAUGCAUAUGUAUUUAAUCUACUAAAAUACAUAAAGUUAAGUAAACUGGGAAUGUAAAAAUUGAUGUGCAUAUUAUUAUAUAAUAAAAUACAUUUGAAAUAAAAUUCUUUUUUUCUAUAUUAUCAAAUAUGGACGAAAUCGAUAAUCCUCCAACUGUAGAUAUUCCAAAUAUUUCUAAAGAUCAUCUUAUUGCUGGAAAGUGGAUAAAUAGUAGUAGAAUCAGUAUAUAUACUACUAAAGUUACAAAAGAAAAAAGUUUAAAGAAAUAUGAUUCAACAGUACAUAUGUUAAAACCAGAAGUAAUUUUAUUUUCACCACAAUUACGUAAACUAGUAAAUGAAAGUAAUGGUGUUUUUUUAUCCAUUAAAAAACUUAAAUCUUUUUCUGGAGAUAUUAGACUUGAACUUUUAAAACACAGUAAACAAUACAGAUCUAUCUUGAGAGCAUGUAUAGAAAGUUUGCAAGAUAUAUGUGGAAAAUGUCUUUCUGAAAAAAGAGAAUCAUUAGAAAAUUUCUUGACCAUUUUUUAUCAAAUAGAAUGUGUAUGGCACUUAGUGGAAAUUCUUUACGUAGAUGUCAUACCAGGUGAUGUAGUUUUACCACAAUUGUUAGAAUGGAUUAAAUUUCAUUUUCCAUCUAGAGAACUUAUAGCAGUUAAAAUAUUAGCUCAAAAGACUAUUGGUGCUGAUUUGGAAUAUCCAAAUUAUUGGGAAGUUGUAAUAGGUUGUGCAUUACAUGGAAAAUUAGAUUUAGUAAGAGCUUUAUUAGCAUUACAUAGUAAAGCAGAUCAUCCUGCUUUUGUAAUGGCAGAAAAUGCUCUUAAAACUAUGCCUGUAUAUAAUGUAUAUGGUGGUUAUUCUAUAAAUGAAUUUACUUUGUGUUGGAAACAUUGGCAAUUAGAUUUAUGUUCAAAUUUAAAUAGUAAAGCUUUUGUUAUUGAUACUAAUUUAGAAAUGAUUAUGAAGUUAAUUGCAGGAGAACAAGAUAUAUUGUGGCAAUUUUCACAAUAUACAGAUGCUUGGUAUGAAUUAUUAGCAGCAAAAUUAUUUUAUACUUCUCCAUGUUGUAAACAACCUGAGCUUUCUCAUCAUGCUAAUAAUAUUUCUAAAAGAUGGCAAGCUAAUAGACCUUCUGAUAAUGCUAUACGUGCUUUGAUGGAAAGUAACUUACAUCUUGUUAUUAAAGAAAUACAAUAUAUGGGGGAUAAUGGAUGGUUUGCUGCUCAUUUGGUAGAUUUAUUAUAUAUUUGUGGAAAACUUAAAAUAUUAGAUGAAGAUCAAAUAGAAGUCAGUAAUCAGCUUCAUGAAUCUCUUAUAUUGGAAUAUGGUAACACAUUAAUGGGACAUCAUUCUUUGUGGCAAUGUGGUGCAAGUUAUUUGAUACAUUGUCCUACUCAAGGCUUAGCUAGACUAGAGAUAUUGUUACAAUCAUUACCAAUGGGGUCAGAAGCAAGAGUAAAUAAGAUUUUAGACAUAGCACGAGAUAAUAAAAUGAAUCAUAUAGUUACUAGUAUUUGUAAAAUUCAAGGAUUAAAAUCUAUGAAACAAGGAAGAUUAGGAAAUGCACUUGCAUGGGCUUUAAAAGCUCAAGAUAGUAUUUUUAUAACAUAUAUUGCAGAUCAAUUUUUGAAACGUUAUGUAGAAUAUGGAAAAUUGGAUUGCCGUGAUUUAUUAGAAAAUUUAGGUUUUUGUAUGAUGGCUAGUGAUAGGCUAACAUUUUUAGGAAAAUAUUGCGAAUUUCAUCAAAUGUACGGUAUUGGAGAAUUUAAAGAAGCAGCAAGUUUGUUAGUGUCUCUUUUGGUUUCAAAUUUAACACCGAAAUAUUUUUGGUCAAUACUUUUAUCAGAUGCUAUUCCAUUAUUGGAAGCUAAGGAUGUAAUUUUGUCUUCCAAUGAUUGUUAUGAAUUAUUACGAUGUGUAGAAGCACAUGGCGAUGAUCCGAAAUUUCAAAAUGAAAUUGAUAUCUUUCGAUUAGCUGUUGCUAGAAAUCUAGCUCGAGCAUUAAGUCUUGAAGGCUGUCAAAAAUGAAACAUUAAAAUGUUAUUAUCAUUUUAUAAUGUAAGAAUUUUCUAAUUUUUUAAUUAAAAAAUCUUUAUAUAUAAUCUUAGUAUAUCCAUUAAAACACACAUACACAUAUAUUUUAUGUACAUAUAUUGAUUUAAAAAUUUUUAACUAUAUAUAUUUUAUUAUUAUUAAUAUAUAUUCAAAUAUAAAAAUUUUGAAUACUUGACAAGAUUUGCACAUAAAAAUUUAUUGGUUAUAAUAUAUAUGAUAUUGAGACCAAGAUUUAUUUACAUUUGUAAUUAAUAAUUAAAAUUUUUGUAUUAAAAUUAAAUAAAGGAAAAUUAGGUUUUACAUGAAUUUUUUAAGAUAAAUGAUAACAUUAAAUAAUAAAUAAGAUAACAUUAAUAAUAUUUAUAUAUUAUAUAUUAUAUAUUAUAAUGAAAAUUUGUUAUUUUUUUGAUAAUUUUUCCACAAUAUAUUCUUAGCAAAUAUAUUAAAAUUUUAAUAUUUAUAUUAUAGAAGAUUAUAUUAUAAUCUUCUAAUAUAAAUAAAUAAAUUUUUACAUACAUAAAUAUUUAUUACAAUGUUUUUUAUUUUUAAAUUAAAAUAUGUAUUAUUAUAAAAAAAGAAAUUAUAGUUUGCACAUAUAUAUCAGAAUAUAGUUUAUUGUAAUAUUUAAGGUAAUUAAUCAAAAAAAUUGUUUACCCCAUUUAUGGUUAAGUUUAAAUGAAAUGUUUUUAUGAUAAUAAUAUAAUAUCAUAGUAACAUGGCAUUAUAAUAAUCAAAUGAAGAGAAAGAUCAAUAAUCAUAUUAUGUAAUGAGAAAGAUAAUACAGAUAAUUUUACAGACAAGAUAUAAUAUAGAUCUAUCAUUCAAUUUUAUAAUUAUUAAAUAAAUAAUUAUAAUUAUUUUUGAAUCUAUUAUUUUUAAAAAAUUUUUUCUUUAAAAAAAUUUAAAAGAACAUUUUAUAAAUUUAUAAAAAUAUCAUUGUAUUCUUUAAAAUAUUUUUAUGAUUAAUAUUAUUUUACAUAUAAAUUUUUUUAGAAUUAAUAUGAAAUGAAAAAUAAAUGCAAACUGAACAAAUUUAUAUAAGUAUAAAUGUAUUCCUUUUUUAUGGAAAAAAUAAUAAUUCAAAGUAGAAUACAAUUUUUGUAUAUAUAUAAUUUUUUGUUUAUAUAAUUUUAAUAUAUAUCACUUAUACUCGCUUAUAUAUGUAAUAUUAUAAAAUAAUAUAUAAUAUUAUAUAUAUGUAAUAUUAUAAAAUAUAAUUGCUUUAAUAUUAUAUAUAUAUAUAUAUAUAUAUAUAUAUAUUAUAUAUAUAUAUAUAUAUAUGCAUAUCAUAAUAAAAUUUGAAUCAUUAUUCGUGAAUUGCUAAGUUUUUCUGAAACUUAUAUAUACAUAUAUAUUUAUAUAUAAUGUAUGAAUAUUCUUUUAUUAUAAAUUUAUUGUUCAAAAAUGCAUUAUAAUAAUACGGAAUUAAAAUAAAAUUUGAAUUCGUUAUCAUCUCAUAUUGUUGAAUCUAUUAAUAAUUUUCUUAUUAUAUUUUAAGAAAUACGAGAAUCAUUUUUUAAUCGUGAAUGAUUCGUCAUUCGUCUGGCACGACAAAUUGUGUCGACAGUUCAUUAGUUUCAUUGUCGAUCACACAAUACAAUAUACAAUACAAAAUUUUUAUGUGUUAGUGCAAUAGAAAACAUUUUUUUAUUACUACUACUAACUUUACAAAGUUUAGCAGUUAGAUUGAUUAUACUCUUAAAUUAUACUCCUCAUUGCUUUGAUUCAUAAAAAAUUCUUUUUACACGAUCGGUAUUUCAGUUUGUGUAAUGUGAAGUUCUAUAAGUUGAUAGAUCUAUUCUAUAUCUCGUUUUUGCUAAUGCUAUUUAUUUAAAUCGAUCCGAUAUUAUUCAUGUAUAAAAUUAUAGCUAAAGAUGUAUACAGUCGAUAAAGAGAACUGGCAAAAUGGCGAUUAUUAAGAGUUAUGUUUAGUAUCGCACUGGUUUUUCGUUUCAAAUUAAACGAAUUGUUAUUGUAAUUGUCAGUGCAAAAAAGAUACAUAAAAAACAUGGAGAAAAAUUAUAUAUGUACAGUGAAUAACGAAAAAUUAAAAAAUAUCGAUCGAACAUGAUUUUUGUAACAUAUUCAAUCGUGCUCCGAUUGAUAUGUGUUUUGAUGUAUAUGUAUGUAAGUUUUUCUACUUAUGCAUUGAAUUUUAAAUCACAAAUACACAAAGAUUAUUCUUUUAUAAUGAAAAGAAAUUUUAUAAUGAAAAGAACAAUCUUAUUAAAAUUACAUUAAAGUCAAAAAUUCUAUUCAAAACAUAUGUAUACAAUUUUUAAUAUAAAAAUAAAUAAAAUAAUAAUCGAAAUUUUACAAA